CGGGCCGGCUAGGCGGGCGGAAGCUACGGAGCGGCGGGUUCGAGCCUGGUCCGGCUGCGGGGCGGGUGCUCCGGGACAAGCCGCAGCCUACUGAAGCCUGAGACAUGGCAGGAAGCCCUUCUGCAGCUAGCCAGGUUGUCUGAGCCGGGGACAUCUGCAGCCAACAGGCCAAGCUUGCUGCUGCCAGAGCCAUCAUGAGCCGGAAGUCUCUGCUGCUGAAAGUCCUCCUCCUGGGAGGGGGUGUCAGCAAGAGCUCCCUCAUGAACCGCUAUGUCACCCACAAGUUUGACUCCCAGGCUUUCCACACCAUUGGGGUGGAGUUCCUCAACCAGGACCUGGAAGUGGACGGACACCUUGUGACUCUCCAGAUUUGGGACACAGCGGGACAGGAGCGCUUCAAGAGCUUGCGGACACCCUUCUACCGCGGUGCGGAUUGUUGCCUCUUGACCUUCAGCAUUGAUGACCGCCAGAGCUUCGAGAACCUGGGCCACUGGCAGAAGGAGUUCACCUGCUACGCCAGUGUCAAGGAUCCGGAGCACUUCCCCUUCGUGGUCCUGGGCAACAAGGUGGACAAGGCGGAGAGGCAGGUGGCAGCAGAGGAGGCCUGGGCAUGGUGUUUGGCACAUGGUGACUACCCUUACCUGGAGACAAGUGCCAAGGACAAUACAAAUGUGGCGGUGGCUUUUGAGGACGCAGUGAGGCAGGUGUUGGCCUUGGAAGAGCAGCUGGAGCACUGCGUCCUGGGCCGCAUGGUCAAUCUGCACCGCAAUGCCAAGCCAGGCUCUGUGUUGCUGAGAAGUGCCAGACUAGAACUGGCUGCUGUUUACAGAGGGAGGAAGGGGAGAACAACCCAAGGGGACAGAGAGUCCUUAGCUUUCCUCUUUAGCCCACUGAGCCCUUCACUGGUUGAACUGCCCUCAGCCUCCUGAUCAUGCAGUGCGGGAUUGGGCUCUUGCGGAGGGUACUUCCUGUUCCCUCCCCUCUUCCCCUGCCCUGGGAGUGUAGAGACAUGAGGCCAGAGUCCCCUGUCGGUCCAAUAUCCCUCAGCUCCUGAGCAGGACCAGGGAGAGCAACAAUUGCUGGGGCUGUUUAGUCACCUGGUGGCAAGCAGACUGAGUCAUGUGGGACUUUCUGGCCAAGGUGCCUUGUGCUGAUGGGGGGCGGGGAUCAAAUGGGUGGGGGAGCUGAGCAGAAUCAGCCCAUCUUUAUGGCUACUGUUAGUGCCAAGCAACAAGAGACCUCUCUGCUCCCUUUUCCACCUCUUCUGCCUUUGCUCCUGUUGAUUCCCCUGGUGGUUGCUGCAGGUGGCUCACCAGGAAGUGGGGGAUAAACCUCACUUUGACUUAGGAAGCAGAUGGCUCUGGACUCAGUCUGUGGGGAGAGAGACUGUUAACUUGGCUAGCAUAUAUGUAGGUGUGUAUGCUUAAACUCAAUGAAGUGUGGCCCAUGUAUGUGGCCAUGUUGUAUAUCUGAUUAGAGCAAAAGUCAAUGCCAUUCCCUCCAUUCUGCUUUGGGGGUGGUACGGGGGGCAGAAAACUGGCCAAAUCGUGCAUCGCCACCGGUUGCACCAUUCUUGGGGAAGUUCUUAGCUCUCCAAGGUUUCAGAUGCCUGGCCUCUUUGGCAAGGGAGGCCGGGGUCCUCAAAAGUAUGCUUUCUGUGCUGAACAAAUACUGGAAGAGCUCUGUCCCCCUCAGAAUGUUCUGGAAAUGAGCACCUCCCACCACCUAGAAAAACGGGUAUAGAAAAAAAGCCAGCUGCUCCUGGGGGCUUUUGGCCAAAGAACUGAGCCCAUGAGAGCACCUUGUGACACCUAGCUGGCUUGGCAAAAACCCUUCUCCUACAAGCCACAUUUUGACAUUCCCCCAGUGUUUUUGGGGUUCAGCAGAGGUGGCUUCCAGAGCGGGGCAGUUAUAGGUAUGGCAAAAGCCUCGAGUUAAUUUUGUGCAUAGACUUACGAUAAGAGAAGCCCCAGGCCAGCUGCAUCUGACAGGGGGUGUUCCAAGAGGGGAUGCAAUAGAGGUAGCUAUUCUGGUGACUGAAUGAAGAAGGGAAAACUGCCAAGCAGAUGAAAAGAGUGGUGUGUAGUCAUGCCUCCCAAAUGUGUUCCUUGCGUCUUUUGCGACGCAUUAAUACAAGCAAGGUGGAGUCCAAAUGCAGUAACUUUUUCAUUCGUUUCAAAGGAAAAUGUACUCCUAGUGUUACAAUGAUUAUUUUUUCCAAAGCUGUCUCCAGAGAGAAUCGUAUCAGUCUGUUGCAGGCAAACCAAGCCAGUAGCACUAAUAAACAUGGGUUUCAAAACGA